AGUAGUAAAGAGAAAUCAAUAUUUGUAUGAACCUACUGGAAAGCUAAUAUUCUAUUUCGUCUUUACUUAAUUCUAACUCUAGAUCAGUAAUACAUUGUAAUUUAGUGCACGUAUAAUAAAGAGAGGGUUAUAAACGACUGUGGAAAUCGCUGACACAUAAACACUGUUUGACCUUCAAAUUUGUGCGUCGUGUGGGAAAUGAAUAUAAAAAAGUGAUCAAGAUUCACAAUAGUGUUCCUGUUGUUCGCUUGAUUGUUUAUUUGCGGGUUUAUUAUGCGUUCUCUUGCUGCUUUACAUGGGGUGGAUCCCUUGCCUGAAUUAGGCAUACCAUCCAACAUCCAGCACGGCGAAAACCCUGACGCCGAUAUGGCUGGAGCGCAGGACACCAUAUACCUGUGCAACUUUCGGGUCUCUGUUGACGGAGAGUGGCUCUGCCUGAAGGAACUGCACGAUAUGGAGAUGCAGGAUUCGUACAUCCGCCCUUCUGAAGGUGCCAUCACCUCUCCUGAUGAUCCUAUGCAUUCCUUGAUGGCUCGAGAUCCAGUUGUGAUAGAGCGUAGCAAUCUCGUGAACAUCUCCAAGUUGAUCGUAAAGGAACUAAUUGAACAAUCGCUUCGAUACGGACGUAUGCUCGACAGCGAUCAUUUGCCAUUGCACCAUUUCUUUAUUGUUCUCGAGCAUGUGAUGCGGCACGGACUUAAACCUAAAAAGGGUCUCCUCGGUCCCAAGAAGGAACUAUGGGAUAUCCUACAAAUGGUCGAAAAAUAUUCGCCAGAGGCAGCUGACAUCACCGCAAGCAUUAGAGACCUGCCAACAGUCAAAACCGCCAUGGGCCGAGCCCGAGCCUGGUUAAGGUUGGCUCUUAUGCAGAAAAGACUUGCGGACUAUCUAAGAAUACUUUUAGAACACCGCGAGGAGACACUGGAGGAAUACUUUGAGCCUCACGCAUUAAUGUUGAACGAGGAAGCCGUCAUUAUUACCGGUUUACUCGUGGGCCUAAACGUCGUUGACUGCAAUUUAUGUGUCAAGGAAGAAGAUUUGGACAGUCAGCAAGGUGUUAUCGAUUUCUCCUUAUACCUCCGCGGUAGCAACUCCUCCAACGACUUAUCAGGCAAUGGAAACAACACAAACAACGAGCCAAAGCAACGCCAUAUCAACACAAUGCUAGAUCAAAAGAAUUAUAUCGAAGAGUUGAAUAGGCAUCUCAAUGCCACGGUAGCAAAUUUGCAAGCCAAAGUCGAAAGUCUGACCACAACGAAUGCACUUAUGAAGGAAGACUUGGCAAUUGCCAAAAAUACCAUGAUACAGUUGGUCGAAGAAAACAAUCAGCUCAAACACGCUUUGGGUCAGGACAUAACCAAAGAUACUAGAAUGAAAGUGACAGAGUUGCAGUCCGAUGAAGAGGAAAAACGUAGCGUUAAAAGUACAACAUCUGACAAAUCAAAAAAUGAAAAGGACAUCGAAUCAGGAAAAUUGUUGGAGGAAGAGAGGAAAAAGAAUUUGGAACUACAAAAAGAACUGGAUUUACAGAUUUCAUUAAAAGCUGAAAUGGAGGUAGCUAUGAAAUUAUUAGAAAAAGAUAUACACGAUAAGCAAGACACAAUCAUAUCGUUAAGGAGGCAACUUGACGAUAUUAAAUUAAUCAACCUAGAAAUGUACAAAAAGUUACAGGAAUGUGAAAGUUCCUUGAAACAUAAAACUGAGCUAAUAGCCAAAUUGGAAGCAAAGACUGAAUCAAUGGGCAGCACGAUACAUCAACUAGAUGAGAAGUUACAAGAGGAUAGGACAGCUAGAAAAGGCUUGGAAGAAAGUGCCCGCUCUCUAGGACAGAAGGCUGCCACGGCCGAGACUAGAGCACUCACAGCGGAAGGCGACUUGAGAAUAGAACGUGAAUGGAGGAUAUCUUUACAAGAAUCGAUGAUGAAAGAUCGUGACAAAAUAUCGAUGUUAACACAAGAAGUUGAAUCAUUGAAAUCUAUUGGUCAGAAAUACCUAGCACUACAAGAGGAACAGCACAUACUUAAAACUCAGUAUAACGAAGCGCAGAGGACAUUAGAAGAAAUGGGUGCCACAUUGAGCGAAAACAAACUACAAUUAGCCGAAUUCUUAGAAAAGGAAGCUAAAUCCUCCACAGUAGAAGACACUGCCUCCAAUUGGACGAGCGACAAGGACGCGUCUGCUUGCACGGCAUGUGCUAAAGAAUUCAAUAUUACCAGGCGAAAGCACCAUUGCAGACGAUGUGGGCACAUAUUCUGCGGUGCAUGCAGUGAGAAAACAGUCGCCCUGUCAGGUAGCACGAAACCGGUGCGUGUGUGCGAUGCCUGCUACGCAGAAGUGCGACUUACGUAGUAACUGCUCAUAUUACUUUUACAACAUUUAGGUCUUUACUUACAUUAGUGAUUAGUCCCCACUUCGCUAUGACUAGAUAUCGCAUAUGUAAGAGAAAAAUGCGGCAUUACAUAUAUACGUUACAUUAA